AUGUCAUCUCCAAAUAUAUCAUUGAUUAGUACAAUAUUUUCAAUUCAACAACAAAUUGCUCGUUAUGUCUAUCCAAUUUAUCUUAUUUUUGGUGUAACUGGUUGUUGUCUUAACAUUUUACUCUUGAUACGACGACAAUUUCGUACAGUUUCUUGUUGCAUAUAUUUUAUGGCUGCAUCUGUGGCAAUGUUAAUCAAUCUAAGUAUGGGUACUGGAGCAGCAAUAUAUGCACUAAAUCAUGUAGAUCCAAAUCUGACAAUUUUAGCUUUUUGCAAGAUGCGUAUCUAUAUUUUACAAUCAAGUUCUAUGAUGUAUCGUUGGUGUUUAGCUGUAGCUUGUUUUGAUCGAGUAGCUAUAUCAUCUAACGAUGUACGUUUAAGAAAUUUUGCUAAAGUUCAUAUAGCUUGUCGUUUUAUAUUUAUAAUUGUAAUUAUUUGGUUAAUAUUACCUGUUCAUCUUCUGAUUUUUUACAAUUUAUAUGGAGGUGGAUGUGGAAUAUUGUUUAGUUUUACUAUUGCACUUUACCAUAGUAUUUUUACGACUGUUGCUGGUGGUGUUUUGCCAGUUAUGAUAAUGAUCGUCUGUACUCUGUUCAUUCAUCAUAAUCUUGGUUUAAAACGAGAGCGUCGUGAAAAGAAUAAUGGUCAAACACUUGAAAACAGAAAUAUAAAACAAAAUUUGCAACGUAAACGUGAUCGACAAGUUCUAUUAAUGUUAUUCGUUCAAGUUGCUGUUUAUAGCAUUUUAAUUGCACCAUUAAUGGUCGUAUAUUUCUAUAAUGCUGUGACACUCAAUAUCGGAAAUAAGUCGCCUGAACGAUUAGCUAUUGAAAGAUUAGCACAGUUUGUAGGUGAAUCACUAAUCUAUCUCUUUUCUGUUUUAUCAUUUUACAUAUAUACAAUGGUAUCACGUUCAUAUCGUGGUGAACUAAUCAAAAUAUUGCGUUCAAUAAUGACUUGUAAAUGGUAUUGUAGUAAUCAUCGUAUCGAACCAAUAAUAAAUGAUACUCCACAGAGACAAAUAACACCAACAACGUAA